AUGCUGCUGCCGCUGGUCUGCCUCCUGCAGCUGACGGCUGGCGCCCCCGUGGGCAAGGAGCUUCACCAGUUGCCAGCCAGCGUCCUGCAAGGGACGUGUGGCCGGGGGGUGGUGGCACCCAAUGCCACAGCAGCCAAGGGCAAGAUCGUGGGGGGCAGCGUGGCCCCGCGGGGCGCCUGGCCCUGGCUGGUCUCGGUGCGGCUGGGCGGGGAGCUGAUGUGCGGCGGGGUGCUGGUGGGGGCCACCUGGGUCCUCACGGCUGCGCACUGCUUCGCCGGGAACCGCAAUGAGCUGGCCUGGACGGUGGUGGUGGGGGACUACGAUCUCGCCAAGUGGGACGAGGGCGAGCAGGUGCUGCCCGUCAACCGCAUCAUCACCCACCCCAAGUUCAACCCCAAGACCUUCCACAGCGACAUGGCGCUGCUGGAGCUGGGGCGCCCGGUGGCCCCCUCGGCAUGGCUGAGCCCGGUGUGCCUGCCUGACGGUCCCGAGGAGCCCGGCCCAGGGACGCCCUGCUACAUCGCCGGCUGGGGGUCCCUCUACCAAGAGGGGCCAUCGGCCGAGGUGGUGAUGGAGGCUCGGGUGCCCGUGCUGAGCCAGGACGCCUGCCGCAGCGCGCUGGGCAAGGAGCUGCUCACCAAUGCCAUGUUUUGCGCCGGCUACUUGGCCGGCGGCAUCGACUCCUGCCAGGGAGAUUCGGGCGGGCCCCUGACGUGCCAGGAGUCCGGGUCGCAGCAGUCCGUGCUGUAUGGCAUCACGUCGUGGGGGGACGGCUGUGGGGAACAGGGCAAGCCGGGCGUGUACACCCGCGUGACGGCCUUCUCCGACUGGAUCCGCCGCCAGAUGGACAAAUCACCCGAGAGCAGAGAGCCCACCUGCUUCGAGCUGCUGGCCACAUCCCAGCUGCCCGGCGAGCGCCAGCGCGCUGAGCUCGCCCACCUGUGCUCCUUCUAUGCCCAGUCGUGCGCCCCGCCCCAAGGCCAGGCUGCCUGUGCCCAGGUCGCCGAGGAGACCUGCAGGAUGAAGAGGAGGAGAUGUGAGCUGCGCUCCUACGCCCAGAUGCUGCUGGAUUUCCUGCGCCGGGCCGAGGAGUUCUUCCGAAACCAGGUGGACUUCGCCUUCUUCACCCACACCCUGCCCCGCUUCAUGGAGCAGCUCUACGGGCACCUCUUCCCCGUCCGGGCUCGCCGGGCCACUGCAGGGCAGGGGGCCGAGGGGCAGGCAAGCCCUGAAGAGCUCCCGAGCACCCCCAGCAGGACCCAGCCCCCACCCUUCUUGGCGCUGUUCCAGGCCAUGGGCCCCACGCUGGAGGACUGGGUGGGGAAGCUGAGCGCCAUGGCUGGGGGCGACAUGGCCCCCCCAGCUCCUGCACUGGCCGCUGGGCAACUCCGUGGGGAGGAGCAGCUCUUCCUGCAGCAGGCCGAGGGGGCAGUGGAGGCGCUGAAGGGGCAUGGCUGGGCCUUUCUCCAGCGUCUGCGGGCUGAGCUGGGGGCCCGAGGAGCAGGGCCCCUGCCGGGAGCUGCCUCCCCGCUGAACCGAUCUGCGGCUGCUGGGGGCCCGUCCCUGCGGGCCAGGCGAGAGCUGGGGGGAGCCCUCCCCAGUGACGAGGGACCAGGCGAUCGCAGAGGCUGCCCAGGGCUGCAGGAGGCAGCGCUGCAGGUACGCGCCGUGCGGGAGCUCUACCGCUGGGUCCUGCAGGUGCCGGAGCGGGACCUGGCCAUGACCUUCCAGGAGAUCCUGGUGGACCUGGGCUCCAAGAACGCCAAGGGGCUGUACAGGGCGCGGGUCCGGGCCACGGUUGGCGGGAAAGCCACUGCCUUCCCCGCCCUGGUAGGGCUGGAGAGCGACUCGCUGUACCGCAGCAUGCCCGGCCUCAUCGCCUUGGCACUGGCAGCUUUGCAGACCUAA